AUGUCCGGUUACAAACUCGUUUGCAUCACUUGCAUGAUCAAAGAAUAUGCUGAGGAAAAUGAAGCUAUUAAUGUGGAAGUAACAGCGCAAGCACAUUUGGAAAAUUAUGCCGAUAAGCAGGAUCGAAUUUCAGAAAGUGAGUCUGCCUUGUUGCAACAUUAUUAUUAUUGUAUACAAAAGGCAUACUUAAAUGAAAUUCUGUUUAAUAGGAAUGUUGCAGCUUGCAUUCACAAUUGCCAGAAGAAUGUCGAAAUUCCAUUGACGGAACCGGUAGCCGUCGAAGGUGGUAAAUUUGGUGCUAGUAGUGGCGCUGAAGCUAAUGCCUCAGGCGAUGGUAAAGGUUAUCCUGAAAUCACCGCCAUACCGCAUGAUCCCCUAGCUUAG